AUGACUGAACUGGACUGCCUAGGUUGGUCAGUCAAAGAAUGGAUGGAGUUCCAUUGCAAGUCCACCCCAGAAUCAUCGCUUCAACUGUUGCGCUCGUUACUGAAGUCUCAAGAAACCGCGCCCGCCGACCCAGCAUGGAUAUCAGUGGUACCAGAGAGCGAUCUUGAGCAUCAAUGGCAGGUUCUGCAAAGCAAGGCGGGGAAGGAAUCUUUACCGCUCUAUGGUGUACCAGUUGCAAUUAAAGAUAAUAUUGACGUUAAGGGCAGCUCAACGACUGGUGCUUGCCCUUCAUACGCAUAUAUUCCGGAAAAGGAUUCUACAGUGGUGGAGCUACUGAGGAAUGCGGGUGCCAUCGUAAUUGGAAAAACGAAUUUAGACCAGUUUGCCACAGGUUUGGUGGGUUGCAGGUCUCCUUAUGGGAAGACUCCGUGCGUUUUCAGCGAUAAACAUGUCUCCGGUGGUUCGUCAUCCGGUUCCGCGUCAGUGGUGGCACGCGGAAUUGUGCCUCUGGCCUUAGGCACGGAUACCGCUGGUUCAGGAAGAGUGCCCGCUGCUUUGAACAACCUAAUCGGUCUUAAGCCGACAAAAGGCGCGUUGUCAUGCAGUGGGGUUAUCCCAGCAUGCAAGUCGCUGGAUUGUGUUUCCAUCUUUGCUCUUAACUUGAGCGAUGCAGAGCGUUGUUUCAAAGUAUUAUGUCAAGAAGACCUUGCCAAUGACGAGUACUCGAGACCAUAUCAAAGGAACCCUUUGCAGAAAUUUCCUGAGCAGGUUAAGAUCGCUAUACCGCAAUAUCUCCCAUGGUAUGGUGACAAUGAAAACCCAAAGAUCUACAGCCAAGCUGUUGAAAACUUGAAACAAACUGGCGCUGAUAUAGUCGAAAUUGACUUCGAGCCUCUAAUGGAAUUGGCUCGCUGUUUAUAUGAAGGUGCCUGGGUGGCCGAAAGAUACGAGGCAAUCAGAGACUUCUUAGCAACCAAUCCGCCGAAGGAAACCCUUGAUCCAACUGUGAUCUCUAUCAUCAAGACUGCCACUAAUUACGACGCUGCGGAUGCUUUCAAAUAUGAGUACAAACGGCAAAGAAUACUUCAAAAGAUAAGUAAGCUAUUAAAAGAAGUGGAUGUGCUAUGCGUUCCAACCUGCCCUCUCAACCCAACAUUCGAUGAAGUCGCCAAAGAACCUGUCUUGGUUAACUCGAGACAAGGUACAUGGACCAAUUUCGUGAACUUGGCCGAUAUGGCAGCUUUGGCUAUACCAACCGGAUUUAGAUCUGAUGGACUGCCUAAUGGUAUCACUUUGAUUGGUAAGAAAUUUACCGACUUUGCAUUACUGGAUCUGGCCAGGCGUUUUUUUAAAGUCGCCUUUCCUGACGGAAGUAGAAGUUACGGUAGAUUUUUGGACAGAAGCGUUACAACUAAGGACGAUGAACUCACCGGCCCUUUGAUCAAUCCCUCCUCCUCUAUAAAGUUGGCCGUGGUUGGCGCACACCUGAAGGGCUUGCCAUUGCAUUGGCAGUUGGAGAAAGUCAAUGCAAGUUACAUAUCAUCUCCAAGAACUUCCAAGAAAUAUGAGCUUUACGCGCUACCGAAAACGGGACCGAUCCUGAAACCAGGGCUCAGAAGGGUGGGGGAGGAGAGCGGAGCGCAGAUCCAACUGGAGCUUUACAGCAUCCCACUCGAAAAUUUUGGAACCUUUAUUGCAAUGGUACCCGAACCACUUGGAAUAGGGUCAGUCGAGCUAGAGUCAGGUGAGUGGGUGAAAUCAUUUAUCUGCGAAGAAGCAGGUUAUCUGACUAAAGGCUCUGUAAAUAUUACGCCUCAUGGCGGUUUCAAAGCAUACAUUGAUUACUCGGCCAAAGAAAAGAGAAAACCCUUCGAGACUGUACUGGUUGCGAACAGAGGCGAAAUUGCCGUUCGCAUAAUUCGUACUUUGAAGAAGCUGAACAUAAAGUCAGUGGCUGUUUACUCGGAUCCCGAUAAAUACUCUCAACAUGUCUUGGAUGCUGAUCUGACAAUCCCCCUGCAUGGCAAGACGGCAGCUGAAACCUAUCUCGACAUCAAUAAAAUCAUCAACGCAGCCAAGGUUACGGGUGCAGAAGCAAUCAUACCAGGUUAUGGAUUUCUUUCAGAAAAUGCUGAUUUCUCCGACAAGUGUCAACAAGAGGGUAUCGUUUUCGUAGGCCCAUCAGGUGCAGCGAUAAGAAAGCUCGGUUUGAAACAUUCUGCUAGGGAAAUUGCAGAGAAGGCAGGGGUUCCGUUGGUUCCUGGAUCCCCUCUGGUUUCAUCAGCAGCAGAUGCGAAAAAGAUUGCUGCCAAACUGGAGUACCCAGUCAUGGUUAAGUCCACCGCUGGAGGUGGUGGUAUCGGUUUGCAGAAAGUAGAUUCCGAAGCUGAUAUUGAGAGGGUGUUUGAGACUGUUCAACAUCAAGGUAAAUCGUAUUUUGGCGACUCCGGAGUAUUUUUGGAGCGCUUUGUCGAGAAUGCAAGACACGUCGAAAUUCAAAUGAUGGGUGACGGCCGGGGUAAAGCCAUUGCACUCGGCGAACGGGAUUGCUCAUUGCAGCGGCGCAACCAGAAAAUUAUCGAAGAAACUCCGGCUCCUAACCUACCAGAAGCUACUCGUGCUAAAAUGAGGCAAGCUGCUGAAAGCUUAGGUUCUCUAAUGCAUUAUAAGUGUGCCGGAACUGUCGAAUUUAUCUACGACGAAAAGAGAGAUGAAUUUUAUUUCCUUGAAGUCAAUGCAAGGCUUCAAGUCGAGCAUCCAAUAACGGAAAUGGUUACAGGUUUAGAUUUAGUGGAAUGGAUGUUGAGAAUCGCUGCCGAUGAUCCUCCUGACUUUGACCCAAGUAAAAUCAGCGUAAGUGGGGCCUCCAUCGAAGCUAGAUUGUAUGCUGAGAACCCAGUUAAAGGGUUUCGUCCAUCACCUGGGCAACUAACUGAGAUCACUUUCCCGAAGUGGGCUCGUGUUGAUACAUGGGUCUCGAAGGGCACAAUAGUGUCAUCGGAGUAUGAUCCAACUCUAGCAAAAAUUAUUGUGCAUGGCAGAGAUCGAAAUGAAGCUAUUUUGAAACUGAACAAAGCUUUAAAUGAGACCUCUGUCUACGGGUGUAUCACCAAUUUAGAUUAUUUGAGAUCCAUUGCGUCUUCCGACAUGUUUAAGCAGGCCAAGGUUGCAACCAAAGUCUUGGACUCUUAUUGCUAUAGGCCUGCGGCAAUUGAAAUACUUUCUCCCGGCGCACAUACAAGUGUGCAAGAUUACCCAGGUAGAGUAGGUUACUGGCGAAUUGGUGUCCCUCCAUCAGGUCCCAUGGAUGCUUAUUCAUUCAGAUUGGCCAACAGAAUUGUUGGUAACGACAGAAAGGCCCCUGCAAUUGAGAUAACCUUGACUGGUCCAAAGAUCAAAUUUCAUACGGAAACCAUCGUGGCAGUCACCGGCGGAGAGGUUGAAUGUUGUCUCAAUGACGUACAUGUUGAAUUGAAUGAGCCUAUAUCCAUACGUCCAGGUGAUGUGUUGGCAAUUGGCAAAUUGACCAGAGGUUGCCGAGCUUAUCUAGCCGUAAGAAAUGGUAUCGAUGUGCCUGAAUAUCUGGGAUCUAGGUCCACCUUUACUUUAGGAGAAUUCGGUGGCUAUAAUGGUAGAGUUCUGAAAUUGGGCGAUGUUCUUUUCAUAAACCAACCAGAACUGCCUUGCUCCUCUCUUCCUAGCCCAGUGUAUCCACCUCAAGCAGCUCCUAAAGAACUUUUACCAGAAUUUCCCAGCUCUAAGGAAUGGAAAAUAGGUGUGACCUGUGGUCCCCAUGGAUCUCCUGAUUUUUUCAAGCAAGAAUCGAUCGAAAAGUUCUUUAGCGACAAGUGGAAAGUGCAUUAUAACUCCAACAGAUUCGGGGUCAGACUCAUUGGACCAAAACCUGAGUGGGCCAGAACUGACGGUGGUGAAGCUGGUCUUCAUCCUUCCAAUGCUCAUGAUUAUGUGUACUCUAUUGGGGCUUUAAACUUCACUGGUGAUGAGCCCGUGAUUGUGACUUGUGACGGGCCAUCGCUUGGCGGCUUCGUUUGUCAGGCGGUCGUUCCAGAGGGUGAGCUGUGGAAAGUUGGUCAACUGAAGCCUGGUGAUUUGAUUCAGUUCGUCCCAGUUACAUACGAAGCUGCGAGAGAAAUAAAAGUUUCUCAGGAUGAAGCGAUCGAGAACUUAGAUGCCAGCCAUCUAAGCGUCAAAUCUUGGGAAAUAACGCCUCCUGAAAAUCCAAUUUUGGCCCAGCUGCCUAAAAGAUCAGAUUUAUCGCCCAAAGUAACAUAUAGACAGGCUGGUGAUCGCUAUAUCCUCGUUGAGUAUGGAGAGAAUGAGAUGGAUCUUAACAUUUCGUACAGAAUAGAUCGCUUGAUCAAAUUAGUCGAAAAGCAUCGUACUAUAGGAAUCGUUGAGAUGUCGCAGGGCGUCAGAUCCGUGUUGAUUGAGUUUGACUCACGGAUCAGUCAAAAGAAAUUGUUGGAAAUUCUUCUAGCAUAUGAAAACGAAAUUCAGUUCGAUAAAAACUGGUCCGUGAGGUCAAGGAUAAUCAGGCUGCCAAUGGCAUUUGAAGACUCUAAGACUCUUGCAUGCGUUACUCGUUAUCAAGAAACGAUUCGCAGCUCUGCGCCUUGGCUACCUAACAAUGUUGACUUCAUUGCCGACGUCAAUGGAAUUGGUCGCGAAGAUGUGAGAAACCUCAUGUACAGCGCCAAAUUUAUGGUUCUCGGGCUGGGCGAUGUGUUUUUAGGUUCACCUUGUGCUGUGCCUCUUGACCCGCGUCAAAGACUGCUUGGCACUAAAUACAACCCAUCCAGAACUUACACUGAACGGGGCGUUGUUGGACUUGGUGGAAUGUACAUGUGCAUAUACGCUGCAUCAAGUCCAGGCGGUUAUCAAUUAGUAGGGAGAACUGUCCCAAUUUGGGAUAAACUUAUGCUAGGGUCUUCCUCUACGCAGCCAUGGCUGUUAAAUCCAUUUGACCAAGUUGAAUUCUAUCCUGUGUCAGAAAGAGAGCUUGACAAGCUCACAGAGGAUUGUGAAAACGGCCAGUUCGAAGUUGAGAUCGAAGAAAGUGUCUUUGAUCAUAAGAAGUACUUAGCAUGGAUUCAAGAGAAUAUCGAUUCUAUCGAGGCUUUUCAACAGAAUCAAAUGGGCGAGAAAUCUGCCGAAUUUGCCAAAUUGAUUCAAGUCGCGAACUCUGAACUUGACAGCGAUGGAGUGGCGGAGGAAGUUGCGCAAGAAACAUACCCAGAGGAUGCUGAGCUAAUCUAUUCCGAGCAUUCAGGUAGGUUCUGGAAGCCCGUAGUAUCUGUAGGUGACAAGGUGAAGGCUGGUCAAAGUCUGAUCAUAGUAGAGGCCAUGAAAACUGAAAUGACAGUCUCCUCCACUAGAGAUGGUACAGUUUUAAGAAUCCUUCACAGGAACGGAGACAUUGUGGACGCUGGUGAUUUAGUUGUCGUAUUAGGAUAG